AUGUGGUUCCUUAACACUGUCUUCGGAGAGCUGGAGCAGGACGCCAUUGAGGAGCACCUCCUGAGGUACACGAGAGGGUACAUCAUGCAGCUGAUAUGGGGUAUUCUGUUCCCAUAUGCAUCUGACUCUCGGGUGCACAUCAGGUGGCUCCCCCUGCUGGAGGACCUUGAUGCAUGUGGUAGGUUGUCGUGGGGAUCGGCUGUAUUGGCAUGGAUGUACCGCCAGAUGUGUCGUGCCACGGAGCAUGGUGCGCGCAACCUGAAUGGUUGCGUCAGCCUGCUAUUGUCUUGGGCCUACCACUGUAUUCCCCUGUUAGGACCUGAUGGAUUUGAUACUCGUCGAUUUUCGCUGGUUGAGAGGUGGGUUCAGUACCGCUCUGACAACGCCAGAGGCGAGGGCCGCCUUAGGCGUUACAGGCGUAUUCUGAACGGGAUUGGGAUGCUCUACGUUGAGUGGACGCCGUAUGCCGACCCACAACUGGAGGGUAUAGUUCCUGAUGCGAUUGCUGAGGCUGACCACACGGUGGCGGUUGUGGACCGAGUGGUGCGGCAGUUCGGUGGCCUACAGAACAUCCCGAACAGGCCAUUGGACAUCGACAACAUGCACAGGAUGGACGGUCGUGUUGGAAGGGGCGAGUGGUUUUUGCACUUGCUUGAGGGGUGGCAUGAGCUAUGGGAUCAGCGGGCCGACCAUCGUCUGCACAUCCAUCAUCAUAUAGACCUGCGUCCUUCACUACUAUAUAUGACUUGGUACUUACAGUGGGCACACACGGAAUUGUUUGGUCAGGGUGACCAGCACCUAGUGCCGGCGAGGGUGGUGCCAGAGGACCUACCUAUAUACCAUCCACCUGCUCCAGAGUUACGAUCAGCCGUUGGGAGAGGGAGAGGUAGGGGACGGGGGAGAGGCAGAGGCAGACGUGGUGGAGGCCGAGAGAGGCAGGGGAUGACGAGCUUCACCUAG